AUUCCGCGAUAUUGGUCUUGGUUGCGUUGGUUGCGUUCUUCAUGGUGCAAAUGUCAAUCGCGAGAAGUGAUUAUUGUAUAAUAAUAAUGGAAGCGUGUAAUGCUGUUGAGCGCGAGGUAGAUAAAGUUCUGUCGAAGUUCGGUGCGAUAAAUGAACAUGCGGAAACGGUGUUACGCGAACUGAUAAACCAUAUUCAAUCACUGAAGAAAGAUCUGGAGGAAGCACCACCUAAUCAGGAGCUAACGGCCGGUCAAGUGCAAAUGUUAAAGCAAGCAAUGGCAAAAGUGCGUGAUACUGUACAAAGAUUGGCAACAGAUCACCGCGAUUUACACAGUACAGUGUCCAAAGUGGGUAAGGCGAUAGAUAGAAAUUUCAUUGCUGAUUUUGCUAGUACCAGCAGAGAAGAUGUGUUUUCUGGGCCUGAGAAAUCUCAUCUCUUGAAUCAAAUUAUCUGUCAACACUUUUAUCGUCAAGGGAUGCUAGAUAUUGCCGAUGAAUUAGCAGUGGAAGCUGGCAUCAAAACCGACGAAGGCAGAAAGGAGCCAUUCACAGAAUUGAACUACAUAUUAGAUUGUUUAAAACAGAGAAAUCUUGAACCCGCAUUAGACUGGGCUAAGAAACACAGAGAAGCACUUUUAGCACAGAAUUCUUCUCUCGAGUUUAAACUACACAGAUUACAUUUUAUAAGGUUAGUUCAGCAAGGCCCUAGUAAGCAGAGAGAGGCAAUAUUAUAUGCUCGGCAAAAUUUCAAGCAAUUUGUCGGACGUUACGAAAAAGAAGUGCAAUCUUUAAUGGGAACGUUCCUUUACUUGCCCAAUGGAAUCCAAUCAUCUCCUUACAGUCAUUUAUUAGAUCCAACUUUAUGGCUCGAGAUACAUGAUGUUUUCACUAAAGAAGCGUGUACAUUACUAGGAUUAAGUGUGGAUAGUCCAUUAUCAGUUUGUAUCAACGCGGGAUGCACUGCAUUGCCUGCUUUAUUGAACAUCAAGCAAGUCAUGCAACAGAGGCAAGUUACCGGUAUUUGGAGCGGUAAAGAUGAAUUGCCCAUUGAGAUAGAUUUGGGAAAACAAAGCCGCUACCAUUCAGUUUUCGCCUGCCCUAUACUUAGGCAACAAAGCACAGAGAACAAUCCGCCGAUGAAAUUAGUUUGCGGCCACGUGAUUUCCCGAGACGCACUGAACAAGCUUGCCAACGCGAAUAAAAAUCAAUUUAUUUCCAGGUUGAAAUGCCCGUACUGUCCGGCGGAGCAGAAUCCCGAGGAUGCGAGACUUAUUUACUUUUAAGCUGUGAUAUAUUCUACCUAUACAUAUAGUAAUAUAUACAUUAUAUAUAUACAUAUAUAUAAUGUGUGUGAGUGUAUAAUGACCGUAUACACAUGUAAGAAAGUUAGUUUUGCAGUUUCUUUGUGACGGUUAUAUCGAAUGAAAACGAACAAGUUACAUACCCCAAUAACCAGAGAAUUGCAAAAUCUAUAUUUUACAUUUAUUGUCAAGAAUCUGUAUUAUUGAAGCGCUUCUGUUCAUCGUAAUCUCGAGAUCGACCAUUCAUCUUUUCUUUGAAUACAGACAUAAAUCCAUUAAUUGCAUCGACUUCGCAAUCCUUUUUUAAAGGAAAUUGAUUCUCGAAACUGAUAUCGAAAGAAAAACGGAGGAACUGUGAUAGUUUUAAUAUUCGUGGGAUAGUUGUAAUUAUGCAGUUAUAUAAUGUUGGUAGACAAUUUAUAUAUAUUACUCUAGUGUAUAAGUGACUUUAGCUUUGUACGCGAGUGACAACUUAAAAGCCAUGAAUAUCUAACGCCUAACAAAUUUGUUACAAGAAUUAUAAACUUAUCCGUUUCUUAUUUCGAUUGAAUGUAUCAGCUUGGCUAUAGUUAAAUGAAGAGAUCAUUUUAUAAA